UAAGCUGACCCUAAAACUGAAACAGUUAAUAACGAUUGCAUAUGUGCUCAAUUAAAAAUGUCUCAAGAUCAUACAGUGUCAGCGAAAAUUCCGGCGAACGCCAAAGCAAAACAAAUCAAAAUUCGACUGACAGUCACGAAGCGGCAGCAACGAAAAACUAAAAUAACGUCUACGAUUUCACCCAGUCAGCGUAUAUAACACUCAGCGCGUCGCGAAUGCACAGCCAAAACCCAAUUGGAAAGACACUAAGGCAGAGCACACAAAAUGAUACGGGCUAAACACUAUAUCAUCAAUAUCACCAUCUCCAUUAUGUUGAUUGGAGUGUUGCUGGCUACUCAGAUAUCCACUUCCGCUGGUGUACCAACCACUGCCUCGACGACUGCGUCUACUGUACAAACAACAACAUCCCGCUAUGAUAAUCCGCUCGUGGAGCAUAAGCACGAGAAAAACUGUAAGGCGCUCUGCGAGCAUUGCGGCUGCCUUGGUUUUUAUUGCGGCGAGGAGUGCAUUUGCGAGUGCAACAACGAGAACUCCGACACGGAAUGCAUCCACACUAUGCAGGUGAACGCGCGCACGCUGAACACACCAUUUGAGAUCCUCAUUCAGGGACCUAGCAGCAAUCGAUUUGUGCGAAAUGCUAAGGAGUUCGAGCAAAAGCGUGAACUGUUGGCCAGUCCUGCUGGGGAGAUCAAAGCUGCCCGUAGUCGUCGUUCCACAAUUACCAUCUACAAGCCAUCAAGGUCGGGAGACAAAAGGCCGGCUAUGUCAUUAAACGCACUGGAAUCACCAUCCACAAAAGGAGACAAAUCGAAUUUGGCACGUCACAAACGUUCCGUGGAACAUUUGGAGUGGUUUAACGAUUUUGCCAGUUCUCUAGUGCGACCUUCUCCAUUGGGCACGCGCGCCCAGAAGCAGCGCGAGACAAAACAAUCCGCGUUUAAACGUCAAGCUGCGGCAGAGCCAAUGUCAAUGGGGCAUCGGGAACCAUGGUUCCUGGAGCAGACAGCACCACUACUCAAUCGUCCCGCACCCCUUUUUAAACGGCAUCAGCUCAGCGAGAAGGACAGUCAAAAAACUAGAAAGUCAAAGAAAAGUUUUUCACGCAAUACCAGACCCGACUCCAUUGAAGAAGUACCCGCAACAGAAGCGCCAAAGCCCAAGCCAGAUAUACGUCCAUUUCGUGAUGCUCUACAGGUAGUAGAGCGUAUUCCUCGCGUGUUACAGGACACGGUUAGUCACUUAGCCGCCGAUGAUGACAGUGGUGAUGUUUUCAGUCUUAACAUUAUGAACGAUGUGCUACCAAAGAAAAUUCCACGCAAGGGACCAGCGAAGGGCUUUAGAAGGUUUAGGCAAAAUAUUCGUGACAAAGAUGUCGAGCCAAAGCCCACACCCACUACUAGGGCACCCGUUGUACCUUCAGCACCCCUGGCUCCAUUAGCCCCACUGGCACCCCGUGGUCUUCUCCUGCCCUGGCUGCGUCAGCGACGUUUGAGGCGCUUCCGUGGAGAGCAAUAGAUGUAAAUUUUGGAUAAUUCAAUUUAUCUAUGUUUUAUAUUUUAAGGAAUUUGAGAAUGGCUGUGUAUGUAUGUUUGUU